AUGCUUAUAUAUAGGUUAACUGUUAAUUCAAAUAAUAGUAAUUAUUUUAUUAAUAAGAGGAACUUUUAUUCUCAAAAGUAUUAUUCCUUUUUAAGAAAAUUAAUAACCAAAAAACAUUUUAAUAAUUUUCAAUUUAUAUAUAAAAGAUGUAAUAAUUCCCAUCAAAACAUAUCAGAACACACAAAUGAAAAGAUAUUUUCAAAUAAAGAUAAUGUAGAUAAUAAUAUAAACCUUUUUAAUGACAAUUUAGUAAUAACAAAUAAAUUAAAUAGUAAUAAAGUAUUCUCAUUAUAUACUAAAACUUAUAUAUAUAAAGAAAGUGAACAAAUAUUAAUUUUGUCUCUUAAAAAAUUGAAUGAAUAUGAAAAAAUAAAAGAAAAUGUAAAAAUUAGUGUUUUUAUUUAUGAAUUACAAAAUUUAAGUAAAUCUAAAAUUUCAUUUAAUGUUUUAAAAAAAAUAGAAAUUAUUAAUAAUUUAUUUAAACAUAUUAAUGAUAAUAUAGGAAAUGCAUCACCAUCACUAUUGUUAUCUGUAUGCAUAAGUUACAAAAAUAUAAAUUUAAAUAAAUAUACAUAUUUUAAAAAUAUUUUACAAGUAGUGUGUAAUCAUAUAAAAGUCUCUAAAAGUAAUAAAUUAAAUAAACUAUUAAAAAAUGAAAAUGAAAAAGAAGAUUACAAAUAUACUAUUGAAUUACUUAACAAAAAAAAAAAGAACAAAAAAAAAAUUAAUAUGUUAAAUGUUUAUACUAAUAAUUUAAACAAUAGCGCUUUAUGCUACAUUUUAUAUUCAUAUUCUUCUUUAUUUACUAUUUCUAAUUCAUAUUUGCUAUAUAUAUGUAAAUAUAUUUUGUUAAAUAUUUGUAAUAUUAAUUAUUAUGAUAUGUUAUCCCUUUUAUACUUCUUAAAUAGAACAAGUGUAAAAAUAAAGAAAUCAGAUAUAUCUUAUUAUAAAGAUAUUGAAUUAAAUAAGUUAAAGGAAAAAAAUAAUAAUGAUUUAGAGAAUAAUAAUAAUAAUAAUAAUGAAAAUAACUUAGAUAAUGAUGAAGAUAAGAAACUAUUAAAUUUAGAAUCAAAUAAUAAAAACAAAUUAGUAAUUAAUAAAAUAACAGAUUUAAAAAAUAAUAAAAAUAAACAUGAUGAAUAUAAAAAUACUUAUAUGAAAAUAUUAAGAACAAUUAUAUAUAUAAUAAAUAAAAAAAAAACAUUUUUUGAAAAUCCAAAUAUUUUAAUAUUAAUUUUAUAUUAUUAUUUUAAAAUGAAUUUAAUACCUAUUCAAAUUUUUUAUAAGCUUCAUUAUAAAAUAAAGAAAAAUAUUAAAAAUAUUGAAGUUAAAUAUAUAUCUUUAUAUUUGUAUAUUUUAAGUAAUAUUAAAUUUAGUAUUACUUAUUAUAAAUUUAUAUACAAAUAUUUAACGAAUAUUUUUAAGGAAAAUAUAAAAAAAUUUAACAUUUUAUCAUUAUCUUUAUCUUUUUACACACUUUCUAAAAAUCAAUAUUAUAAUGAGGAUUUUAUAAGAAGUUGUAUAAAUCUAUUUCAAAUAAAUACCGAAUCUUUGAAUGAUAUAAAUAUAACUAACAUUAUAUAUACUUUAGGUAAGUUAAAAAUAAGAGAUGAUAUAUUAUGUAACAAGUUAUGUGAUUUAAUAAUUCAAAGAAUUGAUAAUAUAUCUGCAAUAAAUUUAGGUUUAAUUGUUCAUAAUUUAUCAAAAAUUAAUUAUAAAAAUGAAAGGUUUUAUAAUAUAUGUUUAAAUAAAGCUAAAGAAUUAUUAUAUAGUUUUACUUUAAAACAAUUAGUAAUCUUUGCUGAAGGAAUGGUAAUAAAUAAUAUAUAUGAUUAUGAAUUUUUUUAUAUGUUUUUUAAUCAACUUAUAAAAUUGGAUAAUAAUAAUAAUAAUCAAAAAAAAAAAAAUAUAUUAAAUAAAAUAUGCUUUAGUUUAGUUUUAGAAAAACCAGAUUUUAUAAAAAGGUUUCCUUUAUCAAUUAAAACAGUAAUAUCAAAAAAUAUUGACUAUAUUCAAAAUAAAAAUUUUAGUGAUAUACAUGAUGAAAUUAUUAAUAUACUAAAUUAUUUGAAUAUAGAAAAUUUUGAAAUAUUAAAAAAAAAGGAGCCAUAUGUUUUUGAUAUAUUUAUUAAAAAUAAUCACAAUAUAUAUAUUGACAUAAUAUCAUCAAUGAAAUUUCUUAAAAACAAUAAUAAUUUAAAUGGAUUUAUAGAAUUAAAAAAAAGACAUAUGGAAUUAUUAAAUAUAAAAUAUUAUUACUUUAAUAAAAGCUGUUAUUUAUCUUUAGAUAGUUUAGAUAAAAAGGUUAAUUUUAUUAAAAAUUUUUUAAAGAAUAAAUGUUCAUUAGAUUUUAAUUAUGUAAAUAAAUCGAAAGAACAAAAAAAAAGUGAAAUUAAAAAUUUAAUAUCAUUCAAUGAAAAUCAAAAGAACUAUAUAAGAAAUAUUAAUAAUAGAGUUGAAAUUGAUGACAAAAAAUAUUCUCCCAAUAAGUAUUCCAUUAAAAACAAAGAUUUUUAUGUAUUUCCUUCAUGUGUAAAAACUGAAAAUAUAGUAAAAAAAUUUCAUAAAAGUAAAAUUAACAAAGUAAAUUAUCAAGAACCAUUAAUAAAAAAACAACAAAUAUAUAUUGAUUGUGAUGAUGAUAUUUUAUUAAAUGAAAAAAAAAUUAAUUUAUUAAAGAAUUCAUUACUUGAGUUACCAAAAAUAAAAGAAACGAAAAAUAAAUAUUUUCAAUUAAAUGAAGAUAAAUAUUUGUUUGAAAAAAAAUGCCACGGAUUAAGUAAACGUGAAUAUUUUGAUGAAAAAACUAACAAAAUAAUAAUCAAAAAAAGUAUUUAG